GUCGAAGAGAAUUAAGUUUUGCGUGCCAGGAGCAGCUUUCUAAUCUCUGAUCUCUUGGAUUAUUCCUUUCACGGACGGGACUUAGUCCUUGUCCGUGGUUUUUUGUUUUGUUUUGUUUUUUGUUGGGGGGGUUUUUUUAACCACAAUUUUACGCGCACUCUGCACAAUUUUGUGCGCUCAUAUUUGCAGCUCUGGAUAUUUCACGAUGGAUUAAGCACUCAUUACUUUUAGCCUACAUUUUAAUUUGUUUCAUCAGAACAAUUGUGGAUUAGUUAAAGGCUCACAGGAUGCCAAGCGAUGCUGAUCUUUUGGUCACUGAAGCGCAUAACCACUUUGGAUUAAAAGCCAGUGCGUUUCCACAGCUCUUAGGCAAAGCACCUGCUUAUUCUCCCGAGACCUUCUAACCUGUUUCCCUCCUUUACUGACGCACUGGGAUGGAAAUCGAGCUGAGACCAAGGCUGUGUUUUUUGGUCAAAGGAGAGCGUGGCUAUGGAUUUCAUCUGCAUGGCGAGCGGAAUAGAGGAGGACAAUUUAUCCGCAAAGUCGAGCCCGGCUCCUCGGCUGACCUGGCCGGGCUGCGACCAGGUGACCGGUUGGUGGAGGUGAACGGAGAGAAUGUAGAGAAUGAAACUCAUCAUCAAGUAGUGAACAGGAUCCGUGAGGUGCCCCACCGCACCAGACUGUUGGUGGUGGAUAGAGAAACAGAAGACUACCUCCGCAGCCAUGGCCUGGCCUGCACAGAGGACCUGGCCAUUGAGAUGGGAACCCUCUCCCCACGUCCCUCUCCUGGGCAGACACCCUGCAUCUCUCCCAGAGCUAAUUCACCCAUGACGCCCAGCUACACUCCUGUGUUUCAUUAUCCAGCUGCAGAGUCACCCACUCGCAUGAUCACACAAGGCAAGGUCAAGAGCUCCUCCGUGACUUCAAGUAUCGUGACAGACCCGGAGCUGCAGGUAGAGCCUUCGCCAGAGCCAGCCGUUCAGCUCCUUCCCCGUUUGUGUCAGAUGGUAAAGGGACAGCAAGGCUAUGGCUUUAAUCUGCACAGCGAUAAGAAAAAGCGUGGACAGUUUGUACGUGCCGUGGAUCCCGACUCACCUGCUGAGAGUUCAGGCAUGCGUCCUGGAGACAGAAUAUUGCAGGUGAAUGGAGUGACCACAGAGGGCCUGAGGCACUCAGAAGUCGUAGGCCUCAUCAGAGCAGCAGGGGAUGAAGUACGACUCCUAGUGGUGGACCAGGAGACAGACGAGCUCUUUAACAGACUGGGAAUCAUACCUACUAUCACCCACAUUAAAGAAGUGUGUGUGGAUGACCCAGCCCCUGAGAGUGAGCCACCUACGCCCUCUCCAACCACUGAAUUCUCUGCCACAGAGGCACCUAUAAUAAACGUCACCAUGACAAACUCCCUGAUUACAAAACUGUCUCCCAAGUCCCGUACCAAUGGCAGCUCAGCGUCCCAGUCCUCCAGAAGUUCCACCACCCAGUCAGAGAUCAGCAGCUCAGACAUGAGCUUUCAGAUCCCUGAUGAGGAUGACAGUCAUAUUCCAGACCCUUUUAUGGACAGCGGUCUGCGUCUUAGCCCAACAGCUGCCGAGGCUAAGCAAAAGGUCCUGGGCAGCCGCAACAGGAAAAGAGCACCCCCUAUGGACUGGAGCAAGAAACAAGAGAUCUUCAGCAACUUCUGACCCCAUUAAGGGGUAAAAUAAGAGACUGAAACAAAGUGGGGAUUGAUAUCAUGAUUGCUGCAAGAGCAUAGCUUCACUUUGCAAAGGCAUGUGGAAGGAAAGAGGUGCAAGAAGAUAAACUGUAUAAGGAAAGGAACAUUUGUGGUAAUAUUCUUAAAUUUUAUUCUGUGUAUAAAAUCAUUUUAAGAUAUUGCAUAAUAUUGUCUAUAUGUCUACUUUCCAGUGUCUUUAAGGACCAAGACAUGCCCUGUGGAUGUGUCAGGAAUCUGGCUGUAUUAAACAAUGACAUUUGAUGAUUGGCAGAUCAUUUACUGUUUUUAUGGUGCCCAGACCACAGAGGGUGUAUCAAAUCAUAGCAAUUUCACAGCCAUGAGCACAGUGCUCUCAUGUCUCUAUGAUAUUAUCUGUACCUGCUGUAUUUGCUGUAGAUAAAUGUUUCUUUUUUUCCUCUGUAUAUAUCUAUGUCUAUAUCUAUGUGUGUAUAGAUAGAUAUAGAUAUAUAGAU